ACAGAUGUUACAUAUUUAAGGGGCAAUGCAUGUAAAAAUUUCUACAGUUCUCCACAUCCCAAGCAGUCCAGCGUUUGCAAUCGUUGAAAAUGAUGCUGAAAUGUUUGUCGAUGUUCAUGAUGUUCUCAGACAUUUACUUUGGAAAAGUUUCGCCUGCGAUACAUUCAGACACUGAUUCUACCACCUUUCCAAUAAAAAUCAUUUCAGCGAAAACCGAGACAAAAUCGAGGGAUACGACAUACAGCGUUGAAUUUGAGACCGAGACUAAACUGGAGGCGAGGGCCAUUUGGUUUUCUAUUUUCAAAGGCCAGAAAUACCCUAUAGUCUUUGGCGAUCCGACAUUUACCAACUCACUGUCACCGGUUCGGUCACCCAAAAUCCGGUACAUUGCCAGGCUCAGGGCAUUAGAGGACUUUGAAGCUCUUCAGAAGAAGGAGGUAGAAUUCGUCGUAACCCUCGAUCAAUCCACCGUAACAUUGACAUUUGACGCACUCAGGAAUAAGAACUCAACUACCACGCAACUCUUUGAUGAUUUUGAGUUUGAAGUAUCUGUUCAAAAGAUGUCCAAAACAGGUGACACGACAUCUAUUGAGUUUAAGACAACAGUUGAUGUUUCCAGCAGUGCUACAGAGAAAGACCAAUCGCUGGUUCUUUCCAGGUACGUUGUGAAGAAAAACGAAACAUCUAACGGGGACAAUGACGUCACGGUUUCUCAUAGAUCGAAAAAUAUUUCUGGAAAGGAAAGUCUGUCCUACAUCUUACAAUACAAUAAAAACAAUGAAACCACCCUAUAUCUGGAUGCAACAGAGAUUAAAAUCGCCUAUGAACCAGAAAAAGACACAGUCGUCAAGGAAAUUGAUUUGCGUUCUGAAUACCAUUAUUGGGAAGACAAUCAACAAAGACCAAUAAAUGGCAAAACUAUAUUCCACGAAUUUGAUAUCGUCAAUGUGGAUCGGCGACCAAUCAAAAUUGCCCAUUGUGAGGCAGUUGGUGACGUCACUAUUCAAAUCGGUCUAAAUGGAAGGAACGGUAUGCCUAAUAUCCCACCCAGUGAAAUUUCGACCGUCCAGAUUAAUUAUGGCUAUUUUCGGGAAGCUUUCGCUCUACUGAGGUACUAUUCAGGAAAUGUGGCGGACUACGAAUCAUACUGCAAACUGCUGUAAUUACAUAUAAACGUAACUAUAGACGUUUAUGGAAAAAUAUUGACCGAUGACCUUAUACAUGUAGAAACACUUGAACAUAACGAUACAUGUAAUUACAUGUGAAAGGUUUAAUUUUCAUGGUUUCGUAUCAUAUUUUUGUUGCAAAGGACGACAAUUUUUUUUAACAUUUAGUUUGUAUUAACAUUUCAUGGUAUUGUAGAAAACCAUACUGCAAAUAAAAGAAACAUGUAGAACGCUGAAAUAAGUGAAUCAAUAUUACCUUGAUUUUAGGGUAUUGGUGUCUUUGGUAUUAUAACUGAACAGAAUGAGAAUUAAUGGAAUGGUUGUAUGAUUUGCAUUACCGAACAAGAAUUAUCAGUAUAUUGAAAUGAAUGUGUUCUAAUCCAUGUGUUUUAUGGUCCUUAGGUUACUGCGUUUCAUGUAGAUGAAUAUCCAUUAAUGACAUUUAAUCUCACAUUGAAAUAUUUUGCAACGCACUAGUAAUGCUGUUGCAAUUUAAUUAUC